GUCGGCGACUCAUAGGGAACGGACCAUUCGACAGGUACGACGCAUGCGUACAGAGGCAAUGUCGUUACGAAAGUGAUUAUAUGUUUUUAAUAUAAAUUGAACUUCCACGUUGAAGAAGGACACAAAUACGGCGGCUAUAUGGCAGGAGAAGAUAGGGAGACUCAGACCAAGGGUCUGAAGCUGCUGGGGAUCCUGGAUGUCCAGAACACUCCUUGUGCCAGGGAGGCCAUCCUGCAUGGAGCUGGAGGCUCAGUAGCUGCUGGGCUGCUUUAUUUUCUGGCUACUAGUCGGGUGAAGAGGUCUUAUGAUGUGGGAUUUGCGGGUUUUAUGGUCACCACACUCGGGUCCUGGUUUUAUUGCAGGAUGAACAAUGCUAAGCUCCGUGUGCAGCAGAGGCUGAUACAGGAAGGCAUCAAAAACAAGGUCGCGUAUGAAGGAACUGUUAUGGACCCCACAAGAAAAGGCAAAGCAGAAGCACCUUCAGGCCCCUCGUGACCUCUAGCUCUUUUCCUCUCGGAGGACAAAAGAGAAUGCAGCUAGGCUAAACAGACCUAACUGCGUUUCUCUGAAUUGAUGGACAACAUUAUUAGAAACAUUUCAUGGAUGUUUUUCUGUGUUGGAUUGUUAAGGAGCUCCUUCUCUGUUAUUGAAAUUCCUUCAUAAUCUGAAAGCGCCAAAGCAAGUUAGUUUCAUUUUCCAGUCCCUGACAUGAUGAGUUUGACUCCUUUUCACUGUAUCCUAAUGCUAAACUAAUAAAAGAACUACUGAUUUUGUUUUAUUUGUUUUAAAAUGAUGAUCAGGUUAAGUUAUUACUGAGGUUUUCUACACAUCAGCCUCUACAUAAUGUAAAAUGGAAACUGCUAGUGUGAAUCUGUUGUUUUAUGUUAUUAAAGCAACAAAAUCAAAAGGUGUAUCAGAAAUGAAGGAAAAUCAGGAUGUACUGGAGUCUUUUCAGUGGUGUUUAUCUGAAUGUGCUGAAUGAAGCAUCUGUGGGAGAAAGUACAGAGCAGCAGGAUUUGUGACUCAGUCUUUAAAUCCACUGUAACCCUGAAGGUUUGAUUAUUUAAUAUGUAACAGUUACAUGCUUUCAAAAUUAAGAUUAAAAUUAAAAAUCAAAACAAAGGCCUCAUA